GCAGAGGGUGGGACAAGAGCGAAAAUAUUUAGCUCGGAGAGCGACCUGCCGCGGCGGUGAAGAGAAACAGCGAGGCAACGCAAGAGACCGUACAGCAUCCCUACAGUAACUACCCGAUACCGUUCGCUCUCAGCUUUCCCAUGUUGGUUCUCAGCCUCCUGCCCCUCCUCCUGUUGCCGGGCCAUGGUUGCCAUGCCGCUGACAUUCCGGAGGACACCACGGCAGAGUUCUCCGUCAGACUGUACCACCAGCUGCAGGCGCGGGGGGGGGAUGACAACAUCAUCUUCUCCCCCCUGAGUGUGGCUGUGGCCCUGGGCAUGGUGGAGCUGGGGGCCCGCGGGGCCUCCCUCACACAGAUACGCCAGGCUGUUGGCUUCAGCCACCUACCUACAGAUGAGGAGUUCUCUCUGCUCCAGAACCUGACAGGGGCUCUGUCUGAAGACGACGCCCACUACGUCAUCCGAUUGGCCAACUCCCUCUUCCUGCAGAGUGGCGUGACCUUUAACCCGGAGUUCCUGCGGCUGAUGAGGAAGUACUUCCGGGCGGAGGUGGAGACGGUGGACUUCAGCGAAUCAGCCGCCGUGGCAGAGCAGAUCAAUGGCUGGGUGGAGAACCACACUGAGAGUAAGAUCCGUGACCUGUUGUCAGCUGAUGACUUCAGCAGUGUGACCCAGCUGACCCUGGUCAACGCUGUGUACUUCCGGGGCAGCUGGAAGAACCAGUUCAGACCGGAAAACACUAGAACCUUCUCCUUCAGCAAAGACGACGGGAGCGAGGCCCAGACACACAUGAUGUACCAGCAGGGAGACUUCUACUAUGGUGAGUUCAGUGAUGGUUCAUCCGAGGCAGGUGGUGUGUACCAGGUGUUGGAGAUGCCCUAUGAAGGAGAGGACAUGAGCAUGCUGGUGGUGUUACCCAGACAGGGUCCCCUGGCAGUCCUGGAGCCAAUCAUCAGAGCCCCUCUCUUGGAGGAGUGGGCCAACAAUGUCAAGAGGCAGAAGGUAGAGGUCUACCUGCCCAGGUUUAAGGUUGAGCAGAAGGUAGACCUGAAGGAGGCUCUGCAGGAUCUGGGCAUCAAGAACAUCUUCAGUAAAGACGCUGACCUCUCUGCCAUGACAGACGGUAAGGACCUGUUCAUUGGAAAGGCGGUGCAGAAAGCCUACCUGGAGGUGACCGAGGAGGGGGCGGAGGGAGCUGCAGGAUCAGGAAUGAUAGCCCUCACCAGGACUCUGGUUCUGUACCCUCAGGUCAUGGCUGAUCAUCCCUUCUUCUUCAUCAUCAGAAACCGCAGGACAGGUUCUAUCCUGUUCAUGGGCAGGGUUAUGACACCAGAGGUCAUUGAGCCUACCGACUUCGACAAUGACUCCAUAUAACUAUGACGACGACCAAUGGGAUUCCAGUGUGCUGCUAUCCCGCUAUGAGGUCAUAUGCUCAAAGCCAAUCAGAUCCAGGCAAAACAACGCCAUAAACGCAACCUUUCCUCUCCCCAUCGUCGGCUGUGUUUUUAUACUCUUAUCGAGAAUAUACAUGAUUCCUAUUCUAUAUUCUAUAUUCUAUUUGAUAUAUAUUGAUAUAUACAAAUAAUGUGACUGUGUUUUGAUACUGUAAGCUUUAACCACUUGGUAAGAGAGAGGGAGAGAGAGAUGUAAAUAUAUAUAAAGAAAAGUGAAAUGGUUUCUAUGGUCUAUUGGAUCAGUAGACAGCCAUUAGACAUCUGUGUACUGCCCCUUUCAUUUCACUAGCCUCACACACACAUGCUCUGUCGUUUCAGGUGUCUCCCAAAUCAACGCCAUUAUAUUCCUGUACAUUUACUACUGUGUUAUAUAUAAGACUAGAUAUUUAUUGCAAAAAAAAAAAAUGUGUGCAGAUUAUAUAUAUAUAUAUAUAUAUAUACGUAUGUAAACACAGAAUCUUAGUAAUUCUAUUUUAGUUCCCCCCCCCCCACGCUAGAAGUACCCGGCUAAAAUACUGAUGAACUAACAUGCCUUAUGAGUUGUUGAAUUAGUGCAGGCUUUUGAAGACAGUUGAACAGUUUGUGUAAAAUACUUUGCUCUUGUGAAGAGGCGUGCAGGUGGAUUUGGAGACCAGCUAUAUUCACUCUUUUACUGAAAUAAAUAUCAAUGUGUUCCAGUUA